CGUUAAAAAUUGAGAAUGAAGGCUUUCAAUCAAUUAUUUUCUCUGAAAGAAGAAAAAACAAGCAUUCUUCUUAUGAGAUACUUUUGAUGAUGUACAGAUCAAAAUCUUCUUCGGCCUCAUGAAUUACAGAAAAAGCAAAUUUGAAUAGAAUAAAUGCAAAUGGUGGUCCCCCUACCUUAAUCACCGACAAUGUGAAAAUGGUUACAUAUUUUUAUUGUACGCACCUGCAUCGACAAGAUCUGGGUCUGUUGGUCUUAAAUAUUAAUCAGCUCCGUGAUGAGUGAUAUUAGAGCCAAAUAUUUUGGCCAUGUCUAGUAGAAAAAACGUAUAGAACUAAGUCGACAAAAUACGAUGAGUUCUCCAUCACCGAAGCACAAUGGCACACGAGAAUCGAAUCGUCUAUUAUCAGAUGAUUAUGAUGAUCAGGCUAAAGAUAAAAUCUUGGCCAUUGAAAUUGAGAAAGCUGACGCCGGUGAUGUUCCAGGGGUGGUCCCACCUUUUUCUUGGAGGAAGCUAUGGGAGUUUACAGGACCUGGGUUUUUAAUGAGCGUUGCAUUUCUUGAUCCUGGAAAUUUGGAAGGAGAUUUGCAGGCUGGAGCCAUUGCGGGUUACUCGUUACUUUGGUUGCUUAUGUGGUCCACUUUUAUGGGCUUGCUUAUACAGCUAUUGUCUCUUAGAUUGGGUGUUGCUACGGGCCGACACUUGGCUGAGAUCUGCCGGGAGGAAUAUCCAAAUUGGGUCAGGAUUUUGCUUUGGUUAAUGGCGGAGGUGGCUUUGAUUGGAGCUGAUAUUCAGGAAGUUAUAGGAAGUGCCAUUGCUAUUAAGAUACUUAGUUGUGGGGUUAUUCCUCUUUGGGGUGGUGUCCUCAUUACUGCUUCAGAUUGCUUCAUCUUCUUGUUUCUGGAAAAUUAUGGAGUAAGGAAACUAGAAGCGUUUUUUGCUGUUCUAAUUUCCACUAUGGCAUUAUCUUUCGCCUGGAUGUUUGCUGAGACUAGGCCUAAUGGCAAGGAACUCAUAAUAGGUCUUUUGCUACCAAGACUCAGCUCAAAGACAAUUCAGAAAGCUGUUGGAGUUGUUGGUUGUGUCAUAACUCCUCACAAUGUGUUCCUAUACUCUGCUUUGGUGCAGACAAGGAAAAUUGAUCCCAAAAAGAAAGAAAAAGUUCAAGAGGCAUUGAACUACUAUACAAUCGAGUCAUCAAUUGCUGUUUUUGUUUCAUUCUCUAUCAAUUUGAUGGUAACAACGGUCUUUGCUAAAGGUUUCUAUGGAACUCUACAAGCGCAUAGCAUAGGGCUAGUAAAUGCUGGGCAAUAUCUUCAAGAAAGAUAUGGUGGAGGGUUGUUUCCAAUUCUCUACAUAUGGGGCAUUGGCCUUUUGGCCGCUGGUCAAAGUAGCACGAUGACUGGUACUUAUGCUGGUCAGUUUAUUAUGGGAGGUUUUCUGAAUCUGCGGAUGAAGAAAUGGAUAAGGUCAGUGAUUACAAGGAGUUGUGCUAUCGUGCCAACUAUAAUUGUGGCCAUUUAUUUCAACAGAUCUGAGGAUUCACUUGAUGUAUUAAACGAAUGGCUAAAUGUGCUACAAGGAAUGGUGAUCCCAUUUGCUAUCAUUCCUCUUCUAACAUUGGUGUCAAAUGAGCAGAUCAUGGGAGUCUUCAAAAUUGGGAAGCUUAUGGAGAGAACUGUUUGGACAGUAGCUGCUCUGGUAAUAAUGAUAAAUGGAUAUGUUAUGUUGAGCUUCUUCCUUUCUGAAGUUAAUGGCAUGCUGUUUGGUUUAGUGGUUUGCAUGGGAGCUUCAGCAUAUGUGGCUUUUCUUGUAUAUCUCAUUUCCCAGAGUCAUAACCAGGCGGAGUUGAAUGGUUUUACUCACCUUACAAAUUGAGCUAACAGCUUUAUCUGAGAAUUGUGUCAAAUAUUAAAACCUAACGGCUAACAGGAGCAGGAGAAUACAUUUGUAAAGAAGAGAUUCUGAUUUUGACAACAGCUUUUUGGUCUAAAGAAGCUUGAAUCCGAAAAGUUUUGCAAAUGUGGCACUAGAGAAGUAUGACAAAAGCUGAGGCAUUGAUCAAGUCUCUAUAAGAUAAAAAUUGCAAGUCUCAUAACUACUUUCCUCUUUUAUCCUGUGUACAAACGAAAGGGUCAUAAAAUUGGAAGCCUUCUUGUAAAUUUAGGCCUGUGACGAAAACAGUAUAUUGUUCCCUCCAUUCCAAAGAAUGAAAGAGAUAGAG